AUGAGUUUUUGGCACCUCAGAUUUGGGGAUCUGGCAGCAAGCCUCUCUGUCAGACAGAGACCUUCGGCUCUCACUCAGAAGGUUGUGUUAGGCUCACUGCCAUGGGAGCUCAGGGGUCAAAUUAUUGCUAAUGUUGUAAAAACUGACCCUACCAGUCUCAACAGUUCUAAACUCCAGAUCUCAAGAAGUCUCGGUGCCGGUUCUUCUACCAUGCAGUUGUGUAUCUGGCACUUGGGCCGGUUCCUUAAGUGUUUGGAUGAACCUGAUUUGUCUGAGAAGUACAAGUUGUCGAAUCUCCCAACCUCUUCCAUGACAGGUCAUAACUUCGGAACCCUAAAGACCAAGGGAUGCUUGGAGUUAUCUUUCCUUGAACAGCUCUUCUGCACAAGGACGCAACCUUACGAUCUGGUCAAUGGAUUGAACGAAGCCGACAAUUUAUCUGACUCGGAGGCAGAGGCGACAGUUUCUUCCGCCUAUUCACCGCUUCCGCGGUCCGGAAAAGUCCCUGUUGGGUUCCAAGGCUUCUAUGAUGAAGAUGAUUCGAUUUUUCAAAGGCAAAAUAAGAAUUUGUCGCCUGAUGGCACUGCGAAUCGGGUUAUGGGCCAAACUUCCCGAUCUUCUUUUGAGGGCAAAACUAAAACUCAAUCCGAUAUCGAAGACAUGUCAAAUGAGGCCUCUUCCCAUCAUAACCUCGCGCAGUAUCAUGAUGGCCGACCUGCAGUGAGUGAUCCUGUUCAGCUUUUACUGAUCGUCACCGCACUCACACUUUCCUCGAAAUGGUCAAACUUAAAGGAAACCGCGCGAUCGUAUGGCAUUGGAUCGGAAGAAACUAGCUCUUCAAAUGGCCCAACUUAUCUGCCUCGGUAUUACAACCAUGAAGCCCACUCCUAUUCUGGAGAUGAGUUUGAAAAAGAAAAUGAGUUGAAAGACGCCGCUUCGAAAAACAUAGACUAUGCUCGCGGAUAUGGGAAAGGCUACGACAGUUCCGAGGAAGCUCAUCGGGAGGUUUCACCUAUAAAUUAUGAUAGUGAUGAAUACCACAGUCGAAGGUUUAUUGGCUAUCAACUAACUCUAGCGGAAAAAUGUCUCCCGCGGAAUCAAAAACCACCUUCCGAUCUCUUGUGGAUUUUGGUGCUUGCAUUUGUGUUGAAAAUGUGGUCGUGGUAUUACUAUUCCCAUUGA